CUCUCUUAACUGUUCCCAUUUCAAUCUUCCGUCACUCGUUCAGAGAUCUGCCAAGUGUACGGACAGACUUGCCAAUCCGAAAAUAUCUGUCUCAUCCGUUCGAAAAACCCAGCCAUCCUCACUCUAGCAUCAUGGCCAAAGCUGUGGGAAUCGAUUUAGGUACCACCUACUCUUGUGUGGGCGUGUUCCAACACGGCAAAGUGGAGAUCAUUGCCAACGAUCAGGGUAACCGGACCACGCCUUCCUAUGUGGCAUUUACCGAUACCGAGCGUCUCAUCGGUGAUGCGGCCAAGAAUCAGGUGGCCAUGAACCCCACCAACACGAUUUUUGAUGCCAAGCGUUUGAUUGGACGCAAGUUCAACGACAGCACGGUUCAAAGGGACAUGAAACAUUGGCCUUUCACCGUGGUGGACGAUGGCAGCAAGCCUAAGAUCAAGGUGGAGUAUAAAUGCGAGGAGAAGACCUUCACCCCAGAAGAGAUCUCUUCGAUGGUGUUGGUCAAGAUGAAGGAGACGGCCGAGGCUUAUUUGGGUACGACGGUCAAGGAUGCGGUGGUGACCGUGCCGGCUUAUUUCAAUGAUUCUCAACGUCAAGCGACCAAGGAUGCCGGCGUCAUAUCGGGCAUGAACGUUUUGCGAAUCAUCAACGAACCCACGGCGGCUGCCAUCGCUUAUGGCUUGGACAAGAAGAAGGGCUCUGGCAAGGAGAGCAAUGUCUUGAUCUUCGAUUUGGGUGGUGGAACCUUUGAUGUGUCCAUUUUGACCAUUGAAGAUGGCAUCUUCGAGGUCAAAUCGACGGCUGGAGACACGCAUUUGGGCGGUGAAGAUUUCGACAACCGAUUGGUGGACCAUUUCGUCAAGGAAUUCCAACGCAAGCACAAGAAAGACAUCACUAGCAACAAGCGCGCCGUUCGGCGGUUGAGGACCGCUUGCGAGAGAGCUAAGCGGACCCUUUCGGCCUCGGCCCAAGCCAACAUUGAGAUCGACUCGCUCUUCGAGGGUGUGGAUUUCUACACUUCCAUCACCCGGGCCCGUUUCGAGGAGUUGUGCGCUGAUCUCUUCCGAGGCACUUUGGAGCCGGUGGAGAAAUCUCUCCGCGAUGCCAAGAUGGACAAGUCUGCCAUUCAUGACAUUGUCUUGGUGGGUGGUUCUACCCGUAUCCCCAAGAUUCAAAAGUUGUUGCAAGACUUCUUCAAUGGCAAGGAACUCAAUAAGUCAAUCAACCCUGAUGAGGCUGUGGCUUAUGGUGCCGCCGUCCAAGCCGCCAUUUUGACCGGCGACACCUCUGAGGCUGUGAGCGAUCUGCUUCUAUUGGACGUGGCUCCUCUGUCUUUGGGUAUUGAGACUGCCGGUGGGGUCAUGACCUCCCUCAUCAAGCGAAACACCACCAUCCCCACCAAGCAAACCCAGACCUUCACCACCUACUCCGACAACCAACCCGCCGUCACCAUUCAGGUGUACGAGGGUGAACGUGCCAUGACCAAGGACAACCAUUUGUUGGGCAAGUUUGACUUGACUGGCAUCCCCCCGGCGCCCCGUGGCGUGCCCCAAAUUGAGGUCACGUUCGACAUUGACGCCAACGGUAUCUUGAACGUGUCGGCCCAAGACAAGUCUUCUGGCAAGCAAGAGAAGAUCACCAUCACCAACGACAAGGGUCGUCUCUCCAAGGAGGAGAUCGAGAAGAUGGUGUCUGACGCCGAGAAAUACAAGGCUGACGAUGACUCGCAAAAGGAGAGGAUUGCCGCCAAGAACAACCUCGAAUCUUACUGCUUCAACAUGAAGUCAACUGUCGAGGACGAGAAGUUCAAGGACAAGAUUGAAGAGACCGAUCGCAAGGUUAUCAAUGACAAGUGUGAUGAAGCCAUCAAAUGGUUGGACGCCAACCAGACUGCCGAGAAGGACGAAUUCGCCGACAAGUUGAAGGACCUCGAGAGCGUGUGCAACCCCAUUAUCACCAAAUUGUACCAAGCCGCUGGUGGCGCACCCGGAGGUAUGCCAGGCGGUAUGCCCGGUGGUAUGCCCGGAGGCAUGCCUGGGGCAGGUGGCGCUCCCGGCGCCGGUGCUGGACCUACCGUUGAAGAGGUCGAUUAAAAGUCCCGUGCACUCCCAAUGUUCUGGUGUUGCAUAACUAAAGGAAUUAGUCCCUGUAUUUGUCAAAAUAACACGCAUUUUUACAAAUCUUGGUAUCGAGAUGUUGGAAAAAUAAAGACAGUUUUAUGACUCGAA